ACAUUCUUUUUGCUCUCUUUUCGCUGCUGGUGCUGCUGCAUACUUUCAUUAAGCAUCUGCGCCCUGCCUGCUCUUUAGCCUGUCGUUCGCUUAAUUGUGUGUUUCUCCGCAAACUGCCCGUCGGUCUUUUUUCGCUUCUGGACUUUAGAAAUCCACAAGUCUAUCACUGUUUCCUUAGUUGCCUCUAGGGACAUAUUCUGCGAUUAUAUCACUCUUGUAACUUUCCGAGUACAUCAGAGAGUGUGCGUUGACCAUCCUCGAGCCUUUUCACAAAUGAGUCUCGAGAUCAAUUCUCAGAGAACCUGAAAGUGCUCGCAUCAUGCAUUUGGCCGGCUGUCUGCUUAUCGCUGCUUGUAUCUGGACUGCUGUUUUCGCCUUCAUUCCCUACGAAAUCAAUCUCGACUCUUUGACCACCAAACACACUCCAUCGCGUCGCUUUUUGCCAUGGGAGUCCUUGAGUGAGGCCCUGGCCAAAAGUCCAGCCUCUGCCAAAUCUGGCGAGUCUAUAACGCUUGACGUCAAGAGGGCCCCUAUCCGUCGCAACAAUGAUUUCGAUAUUGUCCUGUCUAAAACACCCUCCUGGCCCAACACCGCCGCCCUCGACCAAGACGGCAAUGACCUGACUUAUUUCGCAGUGGUGAAGAUUGGGUCCGAACAGCAGGAAUUCUAUUUGAUGCUGGAUACCGGGGGCACCAAUUCGUGGGUCUUCAGCUCCAACUGCACUACCAAAGCUUGCAGCAUGCACGACACUUUUGACGCAACGACCUCUUCAAGUAUCAACGUGACCACAACCGGGUGGAGUGUCGGAUACGGCUCGGGGUCUGCGAGCGGCGUACUUGCGACCGACAACGUGACAAUCGCAGGUGUGGAAGUGCAGUUCACAUUUGGACUGGCCACCAAUGCCUCCACCAACUUCGAAUCGUAUGCUAUGGACGGUAUUCUCGGCUUCGGCCGCUCUAACGACACCUCAUACAACACUCCCACGUUUAUGGAUGCCGUGGCCGAGCAAAAGAACUUUGACUCAAACGUCGUCGGCUUUGCUCUCUCCCGUGCCAAGAGUGGCGAGAAAGACGGCACCGUCACCAUUGGGGGCAUUGACAGUGACAAGUUCAACGGUGACAUCUCGUACACCAAUACCGUGACUGGAUCGGGGAACUACUGGCGAAUUCCAGUCGACGAUGUUUAUGUGAAUGGGGACGCCUGCGACUUCACCAAUAAAUCUGCAAUCAUCGACACAGGAACGUCGUACGCGAUGCUUCCAUCCCACGACGCAAAGGCGCUGCACGCGCUCAUUCCCGGCUCUACUGCGUCGGGUGACUAUUUCCUCAUACCGUGCAACUCCACUGCCAAGGUUCAAGUGGCCUUCUCCGGGGUCAAUUAUACCAUUUCGCCAGAAGACUAUAUUGGCUCCGAGUAUAACACUAGCUGUAUCUCCACGAUUGUGAGCUACGAUCUGUUUGGAGAUGACAUCUGGCUGCUGGGCGAUGUCUUCUUGAAGAAUGUCUAUACCGUGUUCGACUUUGACCAGGAACGGGUCGGUCUGGCCGUCCGCGCCUAUAACAAGAACACCACAUCUUCAAGCUCGAGUAAGACAAGCAGUUCAUCCUCUGGCAGCUCGGCCAGUGCCACUGCCUCAUCCAGCUCAACCAACUCAACCGGCGUUCUAGCUAGUUCAGGCACGUCGUCGCAACAGGCGUCCAAAUUCUACCUGUCGGCUAUAGUGGUCGUCUUCUGCGCCGUUCUGCUAUAAACUGCAUCGAUCCUCCGGCUGACUAUGGCUUUCUUGCACAUGUUCAAAAAAAAUUCGAUUCUUAUCUACAUGGGUAGAUAGCGCUGCUACACACGCAUUUCCGAGGAUAACCCAUAUAUGGUAGUCGAUUAUUAGCCUACAAAUAUAGCUGUUCUUCAUGACCAAACCUUAAAUCUUGAGCUAUCGUUUCAUGUUUUCAGACCCUCCCUCGCAGCGUUGUGCUCCAAACCUAGUGGCGAAGGGUGGGCUCUUGGCUAGACGGCCGUGCCACCUAUAGGACCCUGUCGGGU